UCUCUGAUCAGCAGGCAAACCCGGCACUGGCACCGGUGCCCGGCUAGCAGGACGCUGCGUGUGCUCGCAGGGCAGGACUGCGCUCCCAGGACUAGCCUGUGUCCACCCCGUGGGCGGGGCCUCAGGUCAGGAGCGUCCUCUGCGGGGAGGUAGGUGGGGGGCUCCUCUGUCUGCAGGGGUGACCGAGAGCGGGCACCGGGCUUCGGGGACCGCUCGGUCUGAACUGGACCCCCCCUACCGGGGACGCGCGCCCCUGAUAGAGGCCUGGGGACACGAGCGCGAGCCCUGUCACCCUCUCCCCCCUCCGCCCACCCGCCUUGGGAUGGAACAGCUCCUGCGCUCCGAGCUGCGCACAGCGACUCUGUGGCCCUUCGGGAGCCCCGGGGCAGGCUGCAUCAGCGAGGGGCGCGCCUACCACACUGACACUGGCCGGGUGUUCGUCAAGGUCAACCGCAGGGCGCAGGCCCGCCAGAUGUUUGAAGGGGAGAUGGCGAGCCUGGAGGCCCUAGGAAGCACUGGACUGGUGCGGGUGCCCCGGCCCAUCAAGGUGAUCGACAUACCCGGAGGUGGAGCGGCAUUUGUGAUGGAACACCUGAAGAUGCAGGGCUUGAGCAGCCAAGCAGCAAAGCUGGGAGCCCAGGUGGCCGAACUGCACCUUCACAAUCAGAAGCUGGGGGAGAAGGAGCAGCAGGAGGCUCACACAGUGGGCCACAGGACUGAGGCCCAACCCCAGCAUGUGACCAAGUUUGGCUUCCACACGGCAACCUGCUGUGGCUUUAUCCCACAGGUGAACGAGUGGAAGGAUGACUGGCUGACCUUCUUCACGCGGCACAGGCUCCAAGCGCAGCUGGACCUCAUUGAGAAGGACUAUGCUGACCGUGAGGCCCGAGAACUCUGGUCACAACUCCAGGUGAAGAUCCCGGAUCUGUUUAUUGGCAUAGAGAUUGUUCCAUCCCUUCUCCAUGGGGACCUCUGGUCGGGAAAUGUGGCUGAGGACGACUUGGGGCCCGUCAUUUAUGACCCGGCUUCCUUUUAUGGCCAUUCUGAGUUUGAACUGGCAAUUGCCUUGAUGUUUGGGGGGUUCCCCAGAUCCUUCUUCACUGCCUACCACAGCAAGAUCCCCAAGGCUCCAGGCUUUGAUAAGAGGCUGGUGCUGUACCAGCUUUUCAACUAUCUGAACCACUGGAACCACUUUGGGCAGGAGUACCGGCGCCCAUCCCUUAGUGCCAUGCGGAAGCUUCUCAAAUAGCAGCCAGCCCAUGUCCUCUGCCACCCACCUGCCUGCUUUGCAAAUAUCAAGGGGGCAACCACAUUAGGUGGCUUCAGGCACUAAUAAAGCCGACAAAGGAA